AAUGGACACCCAAGUCUCACGUUUGGACUCGCACCGCUUGAGCAGACUUAACAACAGCACAAAGCGGGUUCUGUCUGUUCAAGCUAACCCCUUCUCUCUCUCACACCAUACGCUUCUUAUCUUAGUGCCUCUUUGCAAGGAGCAAUAAAAAUGGCUCAGGAGACUUUCCUAUUCACAUCCGAAUCGGUGAACGAGGGUCACCCUGACAAGCUCUGCGACCAGAUCUCUGACGCUGUGCUCGAUGCGUGCUUGGAGCAGGACCCAGACAGCAAGGUUGCUUGCGAAACCUGCACCAAGACCAACAUGGUGAUGGUGUUCGGUGAAAUCACAACCAAGGCCAACGUGGACUACGAAAAGAUCGUGCGUGACACAUGCAGGAACAUAGGAUUUGUGUCUGACGACGUUGGUCUUGACGCCGACAACUGCAAGGUCCUAGUCAACAUCGAGCAACAAAGCCCUGAUAUCGCUCAAGGUGUCCACGGUCACCUCACAAAGAGGCCAGAGGAGAUUGGUGCUGGUGACCAGGGUCACAUGUUUGGCUACGCCACUGAUGAAACCCCUGAGCUCAUGCCCUUGAGCCACGUGCUAGCCACCAAGCUCGGUGCACGUCUCACUGAGGUUCGGAAGAACGGAACAUGCCCUUGGUUGAGGCCUGAUGGCAAGACACAAGUCACUGUUGAGUAUUACAAUGACAAGGGUGCCAUGGUUCCAAUCCGUGUCCACACUGUGCUGAUUUCAACUCAGCAUGAUGAGACUGUGACAAACGAUGAGAUUGCUGCUGAUCUCAAAGAGCAUGUGAUCAAGCCCGUGAUUCCUGAGAAGUACCUUGAUGAGAAAACCAUUUUCCACCUUAACCCUUCUGGGAGGUUUGUGAUUGGAGGGCCUCAUGGUGAUGCUGGCCUCACUGGGCGCAAGAUCAUCAUUGACACCUAUGGAGGGUGGGGUGCACAUGGUGGUGGUGCCUUCUCAGGAAAGGACCCUACAAAAGUGGAUAGGAGUGGUGCUUACAUUGUGAGGCAGGCUGCAAAGAGCAUUGUGGCAAAUGGACUUGCUAGGAGGGCCAUUGUGCAAGUUUCCUAUGCCAUUGGUGUGCCUGAGCCUCUUUCUGUGUUUGUGGACACUUAUGGCACUGGGAAGAUCCCUGACAAGGAGAUCCUCAGCAUUGUGAAGGAGAAUUUUGACUUCAGGCCUGGUAUGAUCUCCAUCAACCUUGAUCUCAAGAGAGGUGGAAAUGGCAGGUUCUUGAAGACUGCUGCUUAUGGACACUUUGGAAGAGAUGACCCUGACUUCACAUGGGAAGUGGUCAAGCCACUCAAGGGUGACAAGGUAUCUUCCUAAGUAAAGGAAAGUAUUUGUUGCAAGUUGCAACACUCUUGGCAAAGGAUCUUCUGCACACUGUCUAGUGUCUACUGGCUUCUUAGUAUUUUCAUUACUAAAAUUUUAUCCAUGUUUCUUUCUUUCUUUCCCCCCUUUACUCAAUUCUGUUUUUGGGUUUCUUUUUUUGUAUUUUUUAUGAAUUUUUUCUUUUUUGUGUACUUGUAUGUGUUCUUCGGAACAUAUAUAUUUUACAUGGUGAACCGAAAUAUAUUCUCUCAGGAUUUGUGCUCAAAAUAUGUAAUAAUAUUCUCAAGUUAAAGGGAGUAUACAGUUUAAUAUGUUAAUUGCAGUAGUUCAUCCAA